AUGCAAUCAUAUCAUUCUUCUACACACAAAGUUGUUGUGCCAUGUCCAUAUUGUCCUGAAACUUUAACACAAGUGCGAAGCUGGAAGAGACAUAUACUUAAAGUGCAUUACAGUAGAAUAGUUCAACAGCAUGCUGAAAAUGAUAUCACUGUAAUUGCUGAUAAUACAGAUCACUCGACAGUAGCUGAAGCUGAUGUCAACCUGAAUGUUCAUGUGGUUAAUGAUGAAAAUGAUUCAUCCAAUGAUGAAAAUUAUUCCAUAUCAAAUAACCGUAGCCCUAUUCCUGAAUAUACUAAUGAUUUAAGUCAUGGUAGCAUACAAAUAUUCCACAAAACUGAAGAACGAUUGAGAUUAAAUGUUCUACGUUUACUAAUAAACUUGAAAAGUAACAAUGCAACAGAAGCGUGCAUCGAUGUAUGCUCAAAAGAUCUUAUCAAUGUCUUGAAUGAGUAUAAGGAUCUAGACACGAACAUCUAUUUUCACAACAUCAAAAAAGCUAUUGAAACGGCUACUUGUAGAAAUAAAUUUAUAUCUAGUCAUAUCGACGUUAUUCGGCCAAAGUCAAUCAUAUUGGGUCAAUCGAAUGCCUUUAGUAAAAAGAAGCAAAGGCAUGUACUUCGUAUCCAUAAAGCUCAAUAUAUUCCUUUUAAAGAAUCGCUUAUCAACCUUCUCAAGAAACCAGAAGUUUAUGAAUCAUUAAAUUGUCCAAGUCGUGCGAACAUUAUGACUGACCUGUCUACGGGAUCAUUUUGUGAUCAGCAUCCUGUAUUCAAGUUACCUGAUAGCUUGAAAAUAAUUUUGUUCUACGAUGACAUUGGCAUUAACAACCCUCUUGGUACACGAACAAAGUCAGUUGGCAUGUUUUAUUGGACAUUAGCUAAUCUACCUAGAUUUGUACGUAGUCAAGAUAGAUGUGUGUUUUUACUGGCUUGUAUUGAAAAGCAACACUUAAAACAAUAUGGAUUUACGAUUGUAUUGGACGAUUUUUUUCGCACAAUCGAAGAACUUCAAACUCAUGGCAUUCCAGUCACGAUCAACGAAAAAAUUCACAUUUUUAAAGGAUCACUUUUACUUAUUUGCGGUGAUAUACUCGGCCUCUCACAAAUGCAUGGGUUUAAGUGUGCUUUUCGAUUGGGUCGAAAACCAUUCUUUUAUUGUGACGUUAAUCAAGAUACUAUAAGAAGAAUAAAUAAAGGUAGUGAAUGUCAUCUACGAAAAUUAGAAAAGUACGAUAAAAAUUGUAUGGCAAUCGAUUUUGCAAACGAACGAGAAAAAGCGAGACUACAGAAAAAAUAUGGUAUUAUUUCAUUGUCUCCAUUUCGGAAAAUUAACAAUUUCGAUAUUUUCCACCAAACAGGUAUUGAUAUUAUGCACGUAUUGCUUGAAGGAAUAUGUCAACGUGAACUGAAAUUACUUUUAAAACAUAUUCAGCAACAGAAAUUUGCUAAUCUUUCUUCACUUACUUCAAUGAUUCGAAAUUUUCAAUAUGGCUGUAAUGAGCCAUCUCCAUCAGACAAAUUCAAUCUUUCAUCUGAAGAUAAUGAGGUCAAGUUUCGUGCAUCAGCCAGCGAAAUGUUAUCUCUUUUUAAAUAUAUGCCAUUUAUUUUUCAUCAAUCUCAUCUUACAGAAUUAAUAUCUGCAUCAGUAGGUUGGCAUUCAUUUCUUUUACUUCGUGAAAUCAUCUCCAUCUCAUUGGCUUCUGAAAUUGAUAUUACAACUAUUGAAAAGCUGGAAGAAUUGGUCACUCGGUAUUUAAUCACAUUUGAUAAUGCUUAUGGUUACGUACAACGAAUUCCAAAACAUCAUUUAUUAGUUCAUUUUGGUGAACAGAUGCACCGAUUUGGACCGUUAAGAUUUACAAGUUGUAUGAUAUUUGAGAAAAAACAUAGUUUUUUCAAAAGAAUAAAGUAUCGUAAUUUUCGAAACAUUGCAUUCACAUUAGCUGAUCGUCAUCAACAUUAUAUUGCAUCUUUAAUGUAUACCUGUUCUAAUGCAGCGACAUCAUCAUUUCUUUAUAGUGGUCAUCAAAUCAAAAAAGUAAAAGAAUUAGAUAGCUCCGCUGCUAAACAGCAUUAUUUGCUUGACAUGGAAAAGAAUUUAUAUGAAACUAAUCAGGUAACGCUCUUCGGAAUCACCUAUGUUGUUGGAGAAGCUGUUCUUAUCAAUGAUUCGGUAUUUCCGAUUGAUCCUGUUUUUGGAAAAAUCCUCACUAUUAUCGUUCAAGACAAAAUUAUACUUCUUCGUCUUCAGUUAAUGCAAGUUAUUGUGUUUAACCAAAAAUUAUGUGUCUAUGAAGUACGUCUACUCGAUUCGUCUGUAACAAAGAAUGUAUAUGAGUUGAAACAUGUGUGGCCUGUUAGACUAUUGAAAAUCUCCAAAUCGUUAUUCACCAGUUUAUUCCCAUAUGGACGUUCUUAUCUUACCUCAAAUGAAUGA